AUGACUACACACACCUGGCAAGUGUGGGCCUUCUGCAUAGUCUUAGCUGCAAACCUCUCUGAAGAGCAAGUGCUGAAGCAAGCUUGUCCUUUGUGUGAUAAUGCUCAGAUUUGCAACUGCUCUGCCAUGGGCUUGGACUUUAUUCCCUUGGGGCUCACAGCCAAAAUUACGGUGUUAAACCUGGCCCACAACAGGAUAAAGCGCAUCCGAUCCCGGGAUUUGCAGCAGGCUGUGAACCUGAGACACCUCCUGCUGCAGUCCAAUGAAAUCAGCUCAAUAGACAAGGGCUCAUUUCGCUCUCUCGGGAAACUGGAGCUCUUGGACUUAUCAAAUAACAGCUUGGCUUGCUUGUCCCCUGCGUGGUUUGGGCCCCUUCUUUCGCUCCAGCACCUCCACCUUCAAGGGAAUUCUUACCGAGACCUGGGGAAAGGCUCCCUCUUUUCUAGCCUGAGGAACCUGAGCUCUCUCCACCUGGGCAAUCCACAGUUCUCCACGAUAAGGCAAGGGAACUUUGAUGGCAUUGAGCUUCUUGACAAGUUGUGGAUCGAUGGUGGCAAUCUCAGUCAGUAUGAGCCAGGAAGUUUGAAAUCAAUUAAGAAGAUAAAUCACAUGAUCGUAACCAUAAGAAAUAUUACUGUGUUUUCAGCAAUUGUCAGGGACAUUCUGAACUCUGUGACUUGGUUAGAAGUGAGAGAAAUAGCAUUCAGGAUACCUUCUGAAAUGCAACUAUUGAGAGUCAUGUCGUCUUCUUCUGCAAAUAAAAUUUCUUUUAAACAGACCUUAUCAACAGAUGCUACUGUGCCUGAGGUUCUUCGCAUUUUGGAAGACAUGCCAAAAUUGGUGGAGGUGGAAAUGAUAGACUCUAGACUCUUAGGAACUGGACGAUGGAAAAUGCAAAUUCAAGCAAACCAAUCCCAGACUCUUAGAGUUCUGAAAAUAGAGAAAUUAUCUAUAGAAGAAUUUUAUUUGUUUACAGAUCUCCAUGCUGUGGAAAGUCUACUAUCUCCUCUCACCCGAGUCACAGUUGUAAACACCAAGGUCUUUUUGGUACCAUGCAACAUUUCACAACAUCUUGUAUCAUUAGAAUAUCUUGACCUUAGUGCAAAUUUGCUCGGAGAUCAAAGUUUGGAGCAUUCAGCUUGUCAGCAUGGCUGGCCCUCACUACAAACUCUAAAUUUAAGUCAGAAUUCACUGAGUGACUUAGAAAUGACGGGUAAAAGUUUGUCUCAUCUAAGAAAACUAAUUCUGUUAGAUAUCAGCCAAAAUAAUUUUGGUGCGAUUCCAGAUGUAUGUGAAUGGCCAAAA